AUGAAUUCUCAAAGAAUUCGCGAAAGUUUAACAUUUUUAUCGAUAGAGACGAACAGGAAUUUCGACGGUAUUUAUUCGAAGAAUUAUUACCGCAUAGCGUCAAUUCAGAAUAUAUUCAAACAAAUUAUGAGCAAUCUAAUGGAGCAAACAAAUAUUUGGCUUCUCAAUGGAACUUGUGAAAUGCUCGACUUAGAAGAUGAAUUUGAAGGCGAUAGAAAAUUAUUUGAAAAUAAUCCAAACAUUCUUAUAUGCAAAAGAGUUGGUAAAUCUCAAUUAUUGAUGUAUCAUCCUCAAGCAUAUGACUUAAUUGAGAGUAUUCUCACUCAAAUACAACACCAACAGACAACUUCUCACAUUCCGAUAAUUUCUUUACUUCUCCAAGGUGAUAGAUCAUCUGUGGAAAAUAUCAUUGAUAACACGUCUAAACGUAUUCCGACCAUAAUCUUAAAAGGUACGGGAAUAAUCGCUAAUCAAAUAGCAAUGGUGUAUGAACCAACGAAAAGUGGAUUUCAAAGUUUUCUUGAUGAUAUACCGACUGAACAGAUCGUGCCAAACGAAGAUCUUCGUCGACUGACUUAUAUGAAUCAGAAUGUACGAAAUGCGAUCUUUGUUUGUCAACCUGGUCGAGAUGAACUCGAUGAAAGCAUUCUUCGAGCUGUUAACAUUGCUAUCGAAAUUAUUGAUCCAUCUCAUGCUCAAGUUCGAAAAUUGAGUUUCGCUUUACGAUGGAAUAAAAUUCAUUAUACUCAAAUAAAUAUUCUUAAUCAAAAUACAAUUAUUCAUUGGAUAAAUGAUGAACUGGAUCAAUGUUUGGAAUUUGCGAUUAUUUCCAAUGCUGUUUCGUUUGUUGAGCUGCUAUUCGAGUAUGGAGCAUCUCUGCAACGUUUAGCAUCUAUGAGUGACGCAGAACUUUUCAAAAUUAACCCUGAUCGACGAAAUAGCCAAGUGAUCGAGAUGAUCAUUGAAACAGUUCCUGUUCUGACCCAACUGGAUACAGAUAGACGAGUAAAAGCAUAUCUCCGUCGAUUGUUCUAUUGGGCUAUAGAGAAUCAAUAUUUUGAAUUGACGAUGAGUAUCUGUACACGAUUAGAAGAUUCCACUAUUGCUAUGCUACUUGUUAGUCAAUGGUGUCAAUUGAAAGUGCAAAACGAUUAUACAACGUCAGAAACCUAUCGAAUACAUCAACGACAAUUUGAAAUGUAUGCUGCAGAUAUUCUCGACCUUUAUUUUACUGAUAAUGAAGAGAAAACAAUGAAAUUUUUAAACGAAAAGUCGAUUCUAUAUCCCGACCAACAAGCAGCGGCCCUCAUUGAUGAUCUCUGCUCUAAAACAUUAGUAUCGUCCAACUGUAUGCAAUCUUACAUGAACAAAAUCUGGUAUGGAAACGAAUUUCAUCAGAACAAGAACUUUACCUGGGAGAUACUGAUCUGUUUGGUAUGUUUGUGUCCAGUGCUAUUGUUUCUUCCUGUUGUAUGUCGGCGAAUAUUUCGAGAAACUAAAAUAAGUGAACUGAAUGAUGGUGAUUCUCAGCGACGAAUAGCAAGUCCAUUCGAACGGUUCUACCGGUUUUAUCAAGGAAAUGCAGUUAUUCGAUUUCAUUAUAACAUGGCAUCGUAUACAGCAUUUUUGAUAUUGUUCAGCUAUACAAUUCUAUUUGAUUAUUUCCCGUUAAAUAUUUACAAAGAAAGACGUUCGGGUAUUCCUGGAUUACCUAUUCCAAUAACUGAGAUCAUUUUACAUGUAUUUCUUGCAUCGAUUGCGUUGGAAGAGAUUCGGCAAGUUUAUCUGCAUGUCAAAUCUGUAUUAGUUAAAGCUCCUUACUGGAAAAAACUGGCGGGAAGAAAUCGGCAUCGAAACACGAUUUGGUCUUUCUAUCGCAAUGAUCCAUGGAAUGUCUUAGAUUUCGUUGCGUUCACAUUAUGGUUCAUAGGUUUUAUUACACGUUUUAUCGUUCGAGAUCACGCUUUUGAACUCUCAAAGAUUUGUAUGAGUGUUGAUUUAUGUUUAUGGUAUAUGCGAUGUUUACAUGUGUUUCUUGCUUCGGAGAGACUAGGACCGAAAUUGUUGAUGAUAUUUCAUACGAUGAAAGAUUUAAUGUCAUUUUUGUUUUUUAUUCUGAUUUUUCUCUGUGCAUAUGCAAUAACUACGUAUUCAUUGAUAUCGACGUCUUCAUUCGUCAUCUGGUCGAAUGCAACACACUUUACAACUAUACAAGAUGGAGGAAAUCAGACUAAUUUUGAUAUCCUUCGUAAUAUUAUUGAAUGGGGUACAUGGAAAAUAUUCGGAAGUACGAGUUUAACUACAAGCGAUCUCGUUGAAAUCAAAUACUCAGCAAAUAAUGAUGCAUAUGGCUUUGUAACAUUAAUAUUAACUAUAACGUUUUUGAUUAUUGCUUAUGUGCUUCUUUUGAAUAAUCUUAUUGCUUUGUUCAAUUUUACAAUUCAACGUGUUCAUGGGGAAUCACACCGUGCAUGGUGUUAUCACUUUUAUGUAGUUUUAAGAGAAUAUGAAGAGAAGGAUUUCUUUGUACCACCAUUUAAUUUAUUGCUUUGGCCAAUAAGUUAUUAUUGCCGUAAAAAAAUUGAACGUGAUGAAAAGAAACGAAAUGAGUCUGUGAUUGUAAAUGAAAGUCUCGAUGUAAAACGCAAUCGAAAGUAUCAACAGAGAAUAGCUGAGCAAUACUGGAAGGAGAAACAACGAUGUGUAAAUGGUUUGAUCAACGAACGACCAUAUAUAUGUCGACAGUGUAAAUGUCGAGGUACUGAAGCUGAUUAUAUCGAAUCAACACUUUUGUAA